GUGAGGUUCGCACGCUCCACUCGGUUCCCGGGCUCAGUGUUGAGCGUGCUGCCUGGACCGCAGGCGCUUUUGACUAGUAGUUUUAGCCGGUCGACGUGUCAUUAAAAUUAGUGCCAAUGAAAAUAUUUGACACUUUUCUUGUUUUCAAAGGAGGGGAAAAAUUAAUUUAGUUAAGAUUUUUUAAAUUUGACGGUGAAAAAAAAGGGAACAAUAAAGGAUAGAAAAAAAAGAGAAUGAGGUGGUGAUAACGUGGGUGACAAAAAAAAAAGAAAAAAAAAAAGUAGUGAAAAGAGGCGGUAAUGAUCGUGACAACGGUCGUACGGACAAAUGAACACCUCGGCACAGCGUUUGGUUUAUUCCAAAGAUGUGAGGAAUGAUCACGUGGGUUAUGGUCGGGCUGCUCUUAGCUGCGGAAACAACGUGCGGCAGAAACGUCGUCUCCGAAAAUGGAAACGGAAAAGACGAAACGAAGCAGAAAAGCGGCCUGAAAGCGACUGCUGCUGACGAGGAGGAUAUCUAUCGUCUAACGUGCUACACUUGCGUCAACGUCAGCGAUAACCAGAUGUGUAACGAAUGGGCGAUAGACACACCUUGUCCGAUGGGUGGCAGAGAUUUCUGUCGAUCUCUACACAUCUUAGAUAGUCUCGGAAACAGCGUAUUGGUGAGCAAAAGUUGUGCGAGCAGUGCAGAAUGCGGUCCAGCUUCAGUUGGCUGUUUACCCGUUGACACACAAAGGAUUUGUAUCAGCUGUUGUGAUCUAAGCUAUUGCAAUGUUGAAUCGCCAACAAAUUCGACAAAUGCAAUAUUUUCACGUAAAAGACGAACGAAAUCAAAGGGCAAAAGGAAGCGACCCGGCAAAAAUGGGGUCGAGUGCCUCAGUCGAUUUUCCAGCAGUAUCAUCUACUGGCUCGUCGUCACUCUUCUCUAUGCAUAUCAUUGCUGAAAAAAAAAAAGCAACUAUAGAAAACAACUUUCGUCCCCUAUCACAUUGCAAUAAUUGAUAUAUAAAAAAUCUCGAAUCAAAAUGGAAUUUUAUUAUAUUAAUAUAUAAAUAUAUAUAUAUAUAUAUUUAUAAAUAUCUUUCCACUUUAUAAUUGGCCAUAAAAAAACAAAAUUGAACGCCUUUGGAAUAAAUUUUAUAUGAAAAUUUUUGUUCAACAAAAUUUCACAGUAAUUUUUUUUUCAGGCAAAAAAAAAAUGGUAUAAUUUUUUUUCUUUUGAAAAAAAAUUUAAUAAAUUCUCUUGAUGACAAAAAAAAAAAAAAUUUGUCUCUCAAGAAUAUUCGCUAUCGCGGAAAUGGCUGCUUCUUAUACGAAAAAGCAUAUACAUAUGGGAAAAAAAUUUCUCUUUCUUGACGAGUCAUAAAAAAAAUUGAUCUAAGAAAGUGUUAAAACAUGUUGAAUAUAUACGAAGUCUCAUUUCUUCUUGGCACAUCGUCAGAUUUCUUCUCCACUGUAGAAAGUGCGAUCUUGUCUUUUCUAUGUAUCUUUUUAUAUAUAUAAAAAAAAGGAAAGUAAUAACCAGCCAUCCUGAGCGAACACCUUGUAUAUAUAUAUAUAUAUAUAUAUAUAUAUAUAUAUAUAUUACAAUGUCUUUAUAGAAAGAAAGCGUUACAUGCGAGACACUCUAUAAGCUUACACAAAAGCUUAUAGACAUAUAUGAAGGAAUUUUGAUUCAAUAAAAUUCUAAAAAAAAAGGCGUUCAAUUUCGUUUAAACAUUUCAGCUGCUCCACAUUUGACACUAAUACUAUACAUAAAUAUAUAUAUAUAUAUAUAUGUGACACGCUUCGAAAGAAAAGGACCUAGAAGGAAAAAAUUAAAAUUUAUUUUCACCAGAAAAAAAUUUUUUGGUUUUAAAGAAAUUUGUUUCAUUUGAAUUCUUUCAUUCCCACUUGGAAAGAUUCCCCGGAAAGUGCGCCCCCUGGUGGUUCAAUUAGAAUUCCGCCGGAACUUCCAACGUAAUUCCGUCGGAAUUCCCGUCGGAAUUCCAAAGAAUUUCCGAUGGGAUUCCGACGAAAUUCUGACCGAAUUCCGACGGAAUUAGGAUUCUAAAAAAUUUGAAAAAAAUUAAUCGGAAUCCCAUCAGUAAAUUUCGUUGGAACUCCGAUGGAAUUCCAACGUAAUUCCGUCGGAAUUCCAUCAGAGUUCCAAAGAAUUUUGCGAUGUAAUUCCAACAGUGUUGCGACGGAAUUCCGACGGAAUUAGGAUUCUAAAAAAUUUGAAAAAAAAUUAAUCGGAAUCCAAAUCGGAAAUUUCGUUGGAACUCCGAUGAAAUUCCAACGGAACUUCCAACGUAAUUCCGUUCGAAUUCCAUCGGAGUUCCAAAGAAUUUCCAAUGGGAUUCCGACGGAAUUCCGACGGAAUUAGGAUUCUAAAAAAUUUGAAAAAAAUUAAUAGGAAUCCCACCGGAAAUUUCGUUGGAACUCCGAUGGAAUUCCAACGUAAUUCCGUCGGAAUUCCAUCAGAGUUCCAAAGAAUUUUACGAUGUGAUUCCGACAGUGUUCCGACGGAAUUCCGACAGAAUUAGGAUUCUAAAAAAUUUGAAAAAGACAUUAAUCGGAAUCCAAAUCGGAAAUUUCGUUGGAACUCCGAUGAAAUUCCAACGGAACUUCCAACGUAAUUCCGUUCGAAUUCCAUCGGAGUUCCAAAGAAUUUCCAAUGGGAUUCCGACGGAAUUCCGACGGAAUUAGGAUUCUAAAAAAUUUGAAAAAAAUUAAUAGGAAUCCCACCGGAAAUUUCGUUGGAACUCCGAUGGAAUUCCAACGUAAUUCCGUCGGAAUUCCAUCAGAGUUCCAAAGAAUUUUACGAUGUGAUUCCGACAGUGUUCCGACGGAAUUCCGACAGAAUUAGGAUUCUAAAAAAUUUGAAAAAGACAUUAAUCGGAAUCCAAAUCGGAAAUUUCGUUGGAACUCCGAUGAAAUUCCAACGGAACUUCCAACGUAAUUCCGUUCGAAUUCCAUCGGAGUUCCAAAGAAUUUCCAAUGGGAUUCCGACGGAAUUCCGACGGAAUUAGGAUUCUAAAAAAUUUGAAAAAAAUUAAUCGGAAUCCAAAUCGGAAAUUUCGUUGGAACUCCGAUGGAAUUCCAACGUAAUUCCGUCGGAAUUCCAUCAGAGUUCCAAAGAAUUUUGCGAUGUGAUUCCGACAGUGUUCCGACGGAAUUCCGACGGAAUUAGGAUUCUAAAAAAUUUGAAAAAGAAAUUAAUCGGAAUCCAAAUCGGAAAUUUCGUUGGAACUCCGAUGAAAUUCCAACGGAACUUCCAACGUAAUUCCGUUCGAAUUCCAUCGGAGUUCCAAAGAAUUUCCAAUGGGAUUCCGACGGAAUUCCGACGGAAUUAGGAUUCUAAAAAAUUUGAAAAAAAUUAAUCGGAAUCCCAUCGGAAAUUUCGUUGGAACUCCGAUGGAAUUCCAACGUAAUUCCGUCGGAAUUCCAUUGGAGUUCCAAAGAAUUUUGCGAUGUGAUUCCGACAGUGUUCCGACGGAAUUCCGACGGAAUUAGAAUUCUACAAAAUUUGAAAAAAAUUAAUCGGAAUCCAAAUCGGAAAUUUCGUUGGAACUCCAAUGGAAUUCCAACGUAAUUCCGACGGAAUUCCAUCGGAGUUCCAAAAAAUUUUGCGAUGUGAUUCCAACAGUGUUCCGACGGAAUUCCAAGGGAAUUAGGAUUCUAAAAAAUUUGAAAAAAAAAUUAAUCGGAAUCCAAAUCGAAAAUUUCGUUGGAACUCCGAUGGAAUUCCAACGGAAUUGCACGUUGGAAGUUCCGGCGGAAUUCUGAUAGAACCUCCAAGGGGGCACAUUCUGGGGGGAAUCUUUCCCAAGUGGAUUCAAAAAGUAAAAUUUUCUCUAAAAUAAAAACAAAGAGUUUUUGAUUAGAAUAAAAUUUUCUUUUAUUUAAAUAAAUUUUUUUUUCUGAAUCCAAAAAAAUUUAUACUUUAAAUUAAAGAAAUUUUUUGCAAAAAAAAUUUAUUAACUAUCGUAAACAUAAUCUAUAAUUUUAUUGUCCCUUUCUUCAUAUGGAGCGUCACAUAUAUAUAUGUAAUAAUAACAACAGAAUUCAGACUUAGAAAAAUCAGAAAUGAACGGGAAAUAGAAAUAGGAUUAAGAAUUGCAAUAACCAAAUUUUCACAUUCACUUUCGCUUUAUCAGAUAUAUUUAGAUGAUAAAUAACUCAUAAAAAAAAAAAAUUUUUAGAUUUUUUCGCAUAUUUUCAUUAAUAUACACAAAAUUUUUUUUUUUUUAUUUAUAAUUAUUAUGAAUUCGAGUUGUUUGUCAUAAUAUUUUAUCGAAUAAAGAUGAAACAUAAUUCCCAUUCAUUUCUUCAUAUAUAUAAGAUUAAAAAGUAAAAUUUUAUUUUCGUAUUUGUCGUAUUAUUUUUAAAUUAAUAAAACUAAAAUCUUAAUAUAUACAAUCGAAAAUUUAGUCUUUAAAAAUUAAAUAUUAUCCAAGAACUCAAAAUACAAUUAUAAAAAGACAAAAACUCAUACAACACUUUUAAACAUGUAAACAAAAUUAAUGCAAAAAUUUCUCUAAUAUUGCGAAAAAAAAAUGGCAAUUUUUAAAAUAGGCAAAUUGCUGUAUAUGGAAAUAAUAUUCUUUAAAUCUGAAUUAGUAAAAAAAAGUUUACUAAUUUGAAUUAGUUACUCA